UUCACACGCUCGUGCGCAGCCAUUUUCUUGGGGGGCCGUUAUGCCAACGACUCCCUUAGGGUCGGGAAAGACAUCUCAAGUGUUUCCGGGUCUGGUUCGUAACUCGGAGGGGAAAAUGCAUCACCGUGUAGACUUACAGGUCCCUAGCUCAAGGCGUCAUCUAACUUACUCCCUUAGUCUUUAGAAAGAAAGAACGAGUAGUAAUAAGUGCAGAAAACAGAGCUACUGCUGCUCCCGAUAUUUAAGACAUGCUAUGGAAGCGGCCGACUAGGAUGGAGGACGCAGGCGGUAAAAUCCUUCCGCGAGCUGCGAGAAUAGAGUCCUGGUCCUUUUAGACUGCCAAGGGGUGGGGUGUAGGGCGGAAGUUAUGGCGCAGGGCCGAAGUCUAGCUGCCGAAGGGCGGAAGUAGAAUCCCGAAGUCUGCAAUCAUGGCUCAAGAAGAGGAAGAUGUUAGAGAUUACAAUUUGACGGAGGAACAGAAGGCGAUCAAGGACAAGUAUCCUCCAGUCAAUCGGAAGUAUGAAUAUUUGGAUCAUACAGCUGAUGUCCAGUUACAUGCAUGGGGAGAUACUCUGGAGGAAGCAUUUGAACAGUGUGCCAUGGCCAUGUUUGGUUACAUGACAGAUACUGGGACUGUGGAACCCCUCCAAACAGUGGAAGUAGAAACCCAAGGAGAUGACUUGCAGUCUCUGCUGUUUCACUUUUUGGAUGAGUGGCUUUACAAGUUCAGUGCUGAUGAAUACUUCAUACCCCGGGAAGUGAAAGUACUCAAUAUUGAUCAAAAAAAUUUCAAGUUACGGUCAAUUGGGUGGGGAGAAGAAUUUUCAUUGUCCAAGCACCCUCAGGGAACAGAAGUCAAAGCGAUAACAUAUUCGGCAAUGCAAGUCUACAGUGAGGAGAAGCCAGAGGUGUUUGUGAUCAUCGACAUUUAAGAUGCCAAGAAAAAAGAGACUCUUACGAAGAACUCAUUGGUUUUCUUCCUUUUGAGAAGAUGCAAUGAUUUGUUUUCUAUAGUGUCUUUGCUAAAUAGAAAUACAGAACUGGGAAUUCAAAGUGUGACUUCAGAAGUGGAAAA